AUGGAUCACAUUUCUAAUGCUGAACACGAAGGCGAAGUCUGGACUAAAACCAGACUGGCAGUGGCCCGGUUCCGAGACCUGCUACUUUGCGCGAAAUGUUCGAAACUCAUGAGUGAGCCAGUCUGCCUUGGAGCUUGUGAACACAUGUUUUGCAGGCUGUGUGCAGGCCCGCAGGCGGGCAGCGGCUGCACUGUGUGUCACAGUCCCGCGUGGGUGAGGGACAUUCAGAUCAACAGGCAGCUCAACAACAUCACGCAGCUCUUCCGCAACCUGGACUCACUGCUCAACCCUGCAGACCUCUCAGCCACUCCCCCUGCUGAGCCAAGCGGGCCCACUGCACAGACACACAAGAAGAACAUCAAAAUCUGGUUCAGCCCACGUAGCCGGAAGGUGCGGUGCCAGGUGGAGAGGGCUGCAGAGGGCGCCCCCCAGGGCCAGGGGGUGAAGCCAGCCCUCCUGGAGCCGCACAGCGAUUUGACUGGGUCCAAAGAUCUGUCUGUCUUCAAUUUCAACUCCUCCUCCCAAGACUCAGGCUCCUCCCCCCAGCGCAUUGACUGCAACAGUGACGGCAAGAAGAAGAAGAAGAGGACGAGACAGAGGGGGAAGUGCGCUCAAACCGGGCCGAAGCCUACCACGCGCAAGCAGACCAAGCUGAUCAACAAAAAGAGGAAACUGGACGCCAUCAACCAGGAGUGGGGUAUCAGCUCAGAUGGGGCUGUCCCAGGGGCAGAGAGGCACAAUAAGGAGGAGGGUGAGGAGGCCAAGGGGCGGCCAAAAAGGAAGGUGUCUUUUCAGUGUCCCGGUGUGUCCCCCAGCUCCCCGGAGCAGCACCAGCUGCCUGGCCCUGUGGGUGAAGCUCACCUCCAAAUUGCACAGGAAGGCCUGGAGGAAGGAGGUGUGACCAGCACAAGGGAGGAGAAUCCCACUUUAGAGGAGGGAGGCAUGACCAGUACGAGCCAGCACUCAAGUCCUCGGCAGGCAGACGGCACUGACCCAGACGAGGCUACGGCCAGGCAAGCAAAGUCCCCCCCUGCUUGCCGGACCUCCAAAAGACCCUUGCCACCAGAGGGCGCCCAACCUGAGAGCACCCCGAAGAGACCCAGGCCGUCCCCAGGCAGAGGGAAGCGGUCAAAGGCAACGGCGGCUCUCUUCUCUUCCAGCCCUAGUGCUAGGAGUCCCUCCAGAAAGCUCCUGGAAAAGCAGGGUGGCUCUGGCUCUUCCAGUCCCCCUCAAACCCCAGCGAAGAGGUCUCCAGGUGGGACUGGUCUCCGCGGGGGGCGGCUAUCCCAGGGCAGCCCAGCUGUCCUCAAGAGGAACCACAAGGGGGAAACUCCCCUGCACCUGGCAGCCAUAAAGGGAGACGUGGGGAUGGUGAAAGAGCUCCUGGAGCAAGGAGCAGACCCAAAUCUGAAGGACCACGCAGGCUGGACUCCCCUGCAUGAAGCUUGUAACCUGGGGCACCUGGGUGUGGUGGAGGUGCUGCUCCAGCAGGGGGCACUGUUGAAUACUCCAGGGUACCAGAAUGAUUCCCCGCUGCACGACGCGGUGCGAAACGGGCACAUGGCCAUCGUCAAGCUGCUCCUGGAGCACGGGGCGUCCCGGGACGUGCUGAAUAUGUUUGGACUGCGCCCGGUGGACUGUGCUGAAACAGCUGAAAUGCAGGUGGUUCUGCAGGCAGGAGGACCCCACCCCCCCAGCACCCCACUCAGCCCCUCAGCCAGCAUCAGCAAGGUCCCAGGCGGUGUGCAGAGAGAGGGAGGGGUUAUAUUCCUCGGCAGUAAGCUGACCACACCACAGCAAAAGCAGUUGAACAAACUGGGCCGACUCCUAGGUGCACAACAUACAGAUUCCUUCAGCAGUUCAGUGACACAUGUCAUUGUCCCCGACCGUCCAAUGCCCACCACCCUGACAUGCCUCCAGGGGGUCCUGAAUGGCUGCUGGAUCCUGAAGUUCCCUUGGGUGGAGGCGUGUCUGCAGGCGGAGGGCUGGACGGACGAGAGCGAGUACGAGGUGGGGGAGGGACCGCAGCGCAGUCGAGUCAACAGGGACAACCUGCUCCCCCGGCUCUUCGACGGCUGUUUUUUCUUCCUCCUGGGCUCCUUCAAGAAGCCCCCUAAGGAGGAGCUGCUGCGGCUGGUGAAGGAGGGAGGGGGGCAAGUGCUGACCCGGCAGCCCAAACCGGACAGUGAUGUCACCCAGACCCUCAGCGCAGCGGCCUAUCACGCGCCACCGGGCUCUGACCAGGCCCUCUGCACCCAGUACAUCCUCUACGACCCGCAGGGCUCCUUCAAACCCCCGAGAGUGAGGCUGGGCAAGGUGUGGUCUGCCCCCUCCACCUGGCUGCUGGACUGCAUCUCUGCCUUCCAGCUCCUUCCAGUACCUGAACCUUAGCUUUGCACUCAACCCUGAGGCUCGCCUGGUUUCCUGUCCGAGCACAUUAUCAUACAGUUCUACCUGUGGUUUCCAUUAUAACCAGUCCUGAGGCAUUACUGAGACAAGCUUUCUAACUUUUUGUACUUUCAGACAACGAUGUCCUAAAAAACAUUUUCACUUGGUAAAGAUGUGUACAAAAAUAACUAAAACUGUACUGUAGAUAUUUCUGAGUGCUGGUACCCAGUGAUCAAGUUUAAUGGUCGUGAAUUGUUGGCUGUAUUCAUUUCUACU